GGAGAGUCGCUAUUACUAAGACAAAUGUCGUCAUGUACCUUUCCAAGGUCUUACCCGUCCUAUAAAGUAAAAUAGACUUGUUUCCGUAAAAGAAGCCCGUUGGGAGGCACCAUGAUUGAUAACCCGCUCAACAACUUCAAAAUUCGAACCACCCCACACUCUCCCAACUCCACGUCACCAUUAAUUCACACACUAAAAACAAAAAUUAAAUCACCAUUUCCAUUUUCCCCUCACAAAAUCUCUCUUCUCAUCUCUUCUCUUCUUAACCCGUAAUUCCCUUAAAGACAUGGACGGCGGCCUGAACAAGAUCGCCACCGCACUCAUCUCCCUCUUCGCCAUCACUUUCCUACUCCUCCUCGCCCAAAUCCUCUUCUUUUUCUCUCGCACGCGCCACCACCCCACCCCCACCCAACCCAAACAAAAUUGCAUCUACCUUUUCCGCUGGAGGACCAAAACCAGGAUCGAACCCACAGAAAUCGCGUCCAAAGUCUACGAUGAUUCCGCGUCGCCGGAGACGGCGGCGGUCGACCAAGAAUUGGAGAAGUGGCGGGUACUGUGCGGACCGUCCAGAGCGCUUUUCACUAUCGUUGAAGAGGAAGAAGAGAGAGAAGGAAUAGAAUCUUGCGAGUGUGAUUCUAAACCGGAUUUCGAUACGACGCCGUUUCAUACGCCCUGCGGUUCUCCUCCCUUCUUCUCGCCGUCCCCCACUCGUGACGCCGGUGACUUCCCGGUCCAAAAAGAUUCUUCCGACGGCUCGUUUUUGGCUAUUGAGAUUACCCACUGACGAGAAUCUGCAACGUGCAUUUGACGGUAUCACUAUUUCUUGUCAUUAUUGUUUGACACUACGGGUCAACUCUCGGUCGACGUGUCAGCCCACUAGGCUUGUAUUUCCAUGACCGUUUUUGCCACGUCAGUUACGUUUCGUGUUAAAUAGGAGGGGGCCCACAUGACGAGACCCAGAAGUUUAACGUCUCGUGUCGUCUUCUUUUGUUAUCUUUUUUAUCUUUUCUGGUAUUAAUUGUAAUCUGGUGCGGGGAGGUGUAGGUGAACAUUUUCUAAGGGAACCUUUUUCAUAUGCCAGCGUGGCAGUUAACAAUCAAAACGGCUAUAUUGUGGGCCCCUAAUUAUACUUCGACCCAA